UUUCGCACUCCCCACCCGGAAAGCAGAGUGGAUGCCGGUCGGUUGAGUGCCAGUUGGGGUGCAAUCCUCGAUGAGUUUCCUCGGUGCGCAUGAGAACGCGCCCACAACCGGGACGAGGGGAUACCGUUGCCCCAGGACAGCACUCAAGGGGAGGUCGGAGAGGGAAUGGUCCAAUCUUUGGGAACAUGAACCUGUUUACCGGCCAGGGUGUGUUUGUGGACACCUACCACGAUGAAGACAAGAGUCAUGAGAGGCAGCAGGCUUCCAAGUGGUGCCAUGUUGCAGGUGGAAAGGGGGUGGAGCAUGCCUGGUGUCUUGUCAUGUGUCUGGAGUUAGGUGAGACACUUAGUAGAUGAUCUGGUCAACUCUGGAAUCUAACAAACUCAAGAAGGAGCAUUCUCCAAAAGAUAAGCAGCAUCUUUGAGGAAGAUGAACCGCUCCUGUGUGACCUUCUUGAAGCGGUGGAUGGUGUUCCUGCACUUACUCUGCUGGACUAGCGGGGCUUUCAUCCAGGCGUUUGGCAUAUUCGGGAUGUUUAAGUCCCAGUAUGGCUCCAUCAUCAACACCUUCAAACCCCAUUACGCCUCCAACUGCCUGAUCGUGACUGGAGCCAUCGUCUGCUGUGUCUGCUACCUCGGUAUACUGGGCUCUCUGAGGGAGAACCACUGCAUGCUCAUCUCCUUUUAUAUCGUGCUCUUCCUGCUGAUGCUGGUGGAGCUGGCCAUGGCCUGCAUCUUUCUGGUGGUCGGGCGAGAGAUCGACAAGUACUUUGAAGCUGAUUUUCGGCAUGCCCUUGAUGUCUACAUACAAUCAACCCCCACUGGAAAUCAGACGCUAAAAGAUGAGUUCCACUCCAUCCAAGCAAGGUUUGACUGCUGUGGGGUCGAUGGGCCAUUAGAUUGGAACGGCACCCUUCCCAUCUCAUGCUGCAAGCUGGACCCGUGCAAUGUCUUUCCCAUCAUCUCAUGGGAGGAGGGCUGUCUUGGGAAGCUAAAGGCCUGGUUUGAGAUGAACUUCCUCAGUCUCGGUGCCGGAGUUGUGUCUAUCGCCAUUUUACAGACACUUUGCAUUGUCAUGUCGUGUCCAAUCAUGUGCAACUUCCGAAUGACCGGGCGGGGAUAUAAGUGAUGGGAAGACCUCCAAUACAGUUGGUGUGGGCUGAGAUCUGCGUGUGACGUCACACCCCUAACAUAUGGUAGAGGACACAAGUAUCUUAGUUCCUGUUCCUUGUUCCUGCUUAUGCAUCCUACAUGACAUGAACGACUUAAAGUGAGUCAUUUGGUUUGAGGUGACGAUCUGAGAAUGUGUCAGAUAGCAUUUCCCAGAGUUUGACUGUGUAAUAGCUCAAAUGGAAACAUUUUAACAAUAGCAUUAACAAUAUUAUGUAAGAUUCCACAGAACAUUUUGAGUACAUGCACUUUAACUAGAACUACAAAUCCAAUGAAUGUAUUUGUCUUGUUGUUAUGAAGUAAUUAUGUGAUGUUGACAUACUGUUUUUAUGUAUUGAUUCAAAUUCUUUUCUGGUGUUAUAACAAGUUUUGAGG